AUGCUUGUCAGCGCGCUUGUGCGCCGGCGCGAGGAAGUGUGGAGCAUCGCCAGCGCCUCGCAGCGGCCGUUCGUCACAACUGCCAGUGGAUGGCUUCGCAAAACCGGCAGCGUGCCCGUCAAAGAAGACGAUAAGGAGGAGAAGCCGAGCAUAUUCAAACGGUUCAAGCAGAUGUACAAGGACUACUGGUAUGUGCUGGUGCCCGUGCAUCUGGUGACGUCGGCGGUGUGGUACGGCAGCUUCUACUACGCAUCAAAGAGCGGUAUCGAUGUGGCGGGUCUGCUUGAGUCAUGGGGCUUCAGCGAGACCAUCACGGACAAGCUGCGCCACUCGUCCGCCGGCCACCUGGCCGUCGCGUACGCCCUCUACAAGAUCGCCACGCCUGCCCGCUACACCGUCACCCUCGGUGGCACCACGUACUCCAUCAAGUUCCUGAGCGAGCGUGGUUACAUCCAGCCGAUGCCGUCCCGCAAGGACCUGAAGGAAUUAUACGACGACCGGCGCGAGGAGCUGAGAGACCGCAUCGGCGAGCGACGUCGAGAAUGGCGCGAAAAGUUCCAGAAACAACGCAGGGAGUGGCACGAGAAGUACCACAAACAACGCAAAGAAUGGCGCGAAAGGUACCAAGAGGGCCGCAAGGGCGGCUGGCGCAAGAAGUGA